AUGGAGACGUCAGGUAGCAACAAGGCCGCCGCCGUGCCCACGCCCAUAGCGACUUCCGUGCCUCAGCCGGCAACAACGCCGCUUCCCUCACCACCACACUCGCAAAUGGGCCAGCAAGCGGAGGCAAAGAUGUCGCUCGACACGACCGACGAUAUGACGCCCCCGUUCUCGCCGUCAAGCCAAACGCCGGUUCUGCACAAGGAACAAGAGGAGUUUGAAGGUACCGUCGACGUCAACAACGAUAUCCCUAGCGAGAAGGACCUAGCCAAAGUCGAAGACCUCCUAGUAUUGGAUGCGCAGGGACAGAGCCGGCCUUUCAAGGAGCUAUACAAGGCACCGCAUGUCGCCUCAAGACAGCUGAUCAUCUUCAUACGGCAUUUCUUCUGCGGUAACUGCCAAGAAUACCUCCGCACGCUCGCCUCAUCCAUCGCACCCGAUGACCUCCUCUCGCUGCCCACACCAACCUUCAUAACCGUCAUCGGCUGUGGCCGCCCCGAACUCAUCCCCAUGUACACCGAGACCACGGGCUGUCCCUUCCCCAUCUACGCCGAUCCUUCUCGAAAACUCUACGACUUGCUGGGUAUGACACGCACCUACAAUCUCGGCUCCAAGCCCGAGUACAUGCAAACAAACAUGCUCAUCAACUCGGUGCAGAGUAUCUUCCAGGGACUGAGCACGGGCAAAAAAGCCCUAAAAGGCGGGGAUUUCAAGCAGGUUGGGGUUGCCUGGGAAGCCGGCAAGGACCUCUCCAUCGAGGAGAUUGAGGUCCUUCCUCCCAGAGCCCACGAAGUCCGAAUCCAGAUCUACUACACUGGUGUCUGCCAUACCGAUGCGUACACACUCUCUGGCAAGGACCCCGAGGGUGCUUUCCCCAUUGUCCUGGGUCAUGAGGGUGCCGGUUACGUUGAGUCGGUCGGAGAGGGCGUCACCAAUGUAAAGCCUGGCGACCACGUCGUUGCGCUCUACACUCCAGAAUGCAAGGAAUGCAAGUUCUGCAAGUCCGGCAAGACGAACCUUUGUGGUAAGAUUCGCGCUACACAAGGAAAGGGUGUCAUGCCCGACGGCACAUCGCGCUUCCGCUGCAAGGGCAAAGACCUCCUCCACUUCAUGGGAACUUCCACCUUCUCGCAAUACACCGUCGUAGCCGACAUCUCCGUCGUCGCCAUCGAGGAAGACGCACCCAUGGACCGCACUUGCCUGCUCGGCUGCGGAAUCACCACCGGUUACGGCGCCGCUGUCAUCACCGCGGGCAAGAACGGUGUAGAAGAGGGAUCAAACGUCGCUGUCUUCGGCGCUGGUUGUGUCGGUCUGAGCGUUAUCCAGGGCGCGGCGAAGAACAAGUCUGCCAUGAUCAUCGUCGUGGACGUCAACGAUGCAAAGGAGGAGUGGGCAAAGAAGUUCGGCGCCACACAUUUCGUCAACCCCACCAAGCUCGGCAACCAGUCCAUCCAAGAAAAGCUCAUCGAGAUGACAGAUGGCGGCUGCGACUACACAUUCGACUGCACGGGUAACGUCAACGUUAUGCGCGCUGCUCUUGAAGCCUGCCACAAGGGCUGGGGUGAGAGCAUCAUCAUCGGUGUUGCAGCCGCUGGCCAGGAAAUUAGCACCCGCCCAUUCCAACUCGUUACUGGCCGUGUAUGGAAGGGCUGUGCGUUUGGUGGUGUCAAGGGCCGCACACAACUCCCUGGUCUCGUCGCUGAUUACAAGAGGGGUGAUCUCAAGGUUGACGAAUUCAUCACGCAUCGCCAACCGCUCGACAAGAUUAACCAAGCCUUUGGUGACAUGAAGGCUGGAGACUGCAUUCGUUGCGUUGUCAACAUGCGCGAAUAA